AUAAAACCCAAACACAGAAGGAUUGAGGCCAAGAUCGCUGUAACUUCCUCUCCCACUCUCUCUCUCUCUCUACAAUCUUUCCCUCUCUUCCCCCUUCUUCUUCUCCGGCGCUCCCGCAAUCAAAUUUUGGCUCUCCUCUUCGCUCAAUCCCGCAGCCCCUCUCCUCCCCUCCGAGUGUUUUCCAGCAAUCGGAGUUCGUUUUGGUGCUCCACUGCCGCCGUUGGACCUGCUUGCUUGCUGUGACGGGGGACUACGAGCAGCACGACAGUCGCUUCUCGGCUGCUGCUUCGAAUUCGCUGACGGGUUUGCUGUUUUCUCGUUCCUUCCAUCUCCUGGAAUCGUGGAUUCCGGGUUUUUUUUUUCCGCCGACUGCCUUUGAUUCUUCUCGCUGCUGAGUCUUCCGCUCCCGUUUUCGUCCUGUUCUCUUCCCUGCGCCCCCGGGAUUUUUGGGGAGCUCAUAUCCUCUUAGGGUUUCUCCCUAUGUAUGGCCCGUAACUCGCACUUCUCAUGCAAUUAGCCCCCUCGCUUAGGACUCCGGUAUUUUGGGGUCUCUCUGUUUGUUGGCAGAUACUGUACAGACUACGUAGAAUCGACAGAGAUAUUGCUUAUUCUGUACGGGGCAAUCUCAUAUGAACUGAAGGCGAAGUUCAUCCAUUGGCUAAAGUGGGGAUUGAGUGCAAUUGGGUUUUUGGAAGAACCAGACAAUCUGUACGGGGAUUGAGAGGAUUGGAGUUGAAAAAAGAAAGAUUUUUUAUAUUAGUUACAUUAGAAUGAUUUUCUACAAGCAUGGAUAAAAGUGAGCCUGCAUUGAUUCCGGAAUGGUUGAAGAGCAAUGGAAGUGCCAGCAGUGGCGGAAAUAGCCAGUUUCCGUUUCCUUUGCCCUCAGAGGAUCAUUCUGGAUCGAAGCAUUCAAGGCAUAAGUCUUCCAACGGCAGUAACCAACGUGAGAAAGGCCAUCCAUUUGUUUCUGAUCGAACCACCUCCUCCUAUUCUGGUCGAAGUACCAGUACAAAGGACUCGCUGCGCUUGAAGUCACACGUUAGCUUUCCUAGGUCUUAUCGUGAUAGGGAGGGGGAUAAUCGUCAUGAUUUUGGGGACAGGAACAAAUCUUUCCUGGGGGAUAACAGAUACCUUGAGUAUGCUGACGAUCUGGGUAGUUUUCUCCUGGGGAAGUCAAGUAAGGACAUGUUACGCCAUUCAAAAUCCGUGGUUGGUCAAAAAUCAAAUGGCAUAUUGCCUAGGAAGGGUUCUGGCGACUUAAUUGAUGGCAGUAACAGUAACCACAUUAACAGUAGCACUCCACUGCUUUUGGAUGGCUGUAUGCCUAGUAACAUGCAAGCUGCACCGGGAAAGGAUUUUCCUUCUUUAAGAACUGAACAAGAUCAAAGUUCUUCAGAACUAAGCAGAACCCCAUCACCUGGUUUGGCUGUUCCUGCUCAGAGUUUACAUAGUGCAAGUGCAAAUUUGAUUGGUACGGAAGGGUGGAUGUCAUCUCUGGCAGAGGUGCCGGAGUCGAUUGGAAGCAGUUCUAUAGGAAGUCUUUCUUCUCAGCAGACUCUCUUGGCAAAGUCAGCUCCUUUGGCACAGCGUGCAAACGGUCUCAACAUGGCGGAAGCAGUGGCUCAGAAUCCAACUCAUGCCCAUACGCCUCCCCAGCUAUCUAUUGAUACUCAGAGACGUGAAGAGUUGGCAAUCAAGCAAUCUAGGCAACUAAUUCCUGUGAGGCCGACCACAUCCAAACCUUCUUCACUCAGCACUUUGGAGAAGUCAAAGUCUAAAACUGUGCAGCAGUCUCCAUUUUCAACGGUUAAGUUUGAUGCUGCAAAUACAUCUAAUCUGAGCAAGCUGCAGGUUUUGAAGUGCUCGCGGGAGCUGAAUGGUGCCUCUUCACCUAGGGAAAAGUCAAGUCCUAGAAAUGCUUUCACCGCCCCCCUAAGUCAAACUCAUGCUAGUGCUUCCGCUGCCUCUGCUCCAAGCAGGAAAAAGAACCCUGUCAAUGGUCAAAUUGUGGCUGCUCCUGAUCGAAGAAUGGGGGUCCUAUCAUUGGGGAAUUUGGAGAAGAGACCGUCUACUCAAAUCCAGAGUCGCAAGGAUUUCUUAAACCUUAUAAAGAAGCAGUCCUCUGGAACUGCGCCUGCUGCUAGAACAGAGGAUUCACCUUGUGUAGUGGAGAAGUCCAACGAUUCAACUGGAGAAGUUGCUACUCCUGAAGAAGCCGCAGCUUCUGUGGAGUCAAUUAACAAACAUGACCUUCCCAAUCCUGACUUGCCAGUUGAGAAUGGUGGUAACAUGAGCGAAAAUGGGGAGUGCAUCGAGAAUGGUGGUAUGACAACUGAAAAUGGUGAGCACCAUGAAGAAGUGAAGAAAUUAGAAUUUGACGUUCCUCCUCCUGAUGAGAAAGAGGCUGAAUUCUUGCGUUCACUGGGGUGGGAUGAGAGUACUGGAGAAGAUGAAGGCCUCACUGAGGAGGAGAUUCGCUCCUUUUACGAGCGCAUCAGGACAACUGUGCCUUCAGAACUCUAAUGCGGAGCAGUCAAUGGGAGCCUUGGACUGAACUCUUUGGAGCACUAGACGGGAUUUUAAUCUUGCCGCCUCCUGCCUGACUUGGAAACUAGUUUCAACUCAUUAAUUCGACGCUGCUUCAUUCUUUUUUCCUUUUAUGGGCUUCUGUAGGUGAAAAACCAAAUCGAGUUGUUACUCGGAAGAGGGUGCAGGGGUCUAGUAAGGCAAGGCAGAAAGGGUGAUUGAUUGAUUUUGUUUUAGGAAGUGACAUAGGAAGGCAGGCAUAUAGCUGAGGGACUCAAUUGAAGAGGGAAGAAUAGAAAUUCUUUUUUGUUUUAAAUUUUCCUGCAUAGGUUUUUGCAAUUUUUCUGAGGGAAGGCAUUUGGAUAGUCUAUGGGCUGUUUCUGUUCAUUUGAUAUGAUGAUAUUAAUCAGAGAAAUAGAGGGUACAAAAAAGGGAACUAGUUUCCAUUCUUUGAACUAUUUUGCUGGGUAUAUACAUGUUGGUUGGAAAGGGGAAUUAAUU